AUGAAAGUUCCAGAACCUAUCCGAGUCGUUUUUGACACUUUCCCUUUACGUACUUAUGCCCCUGUUCUAGACAAGUCCACACAAAAUGACGAGCAUAUCUUUUUCUUUUCCAAAAAGGGCGACAGUUCAACCACCGAAGAGUCAGAAUGUUUCCACUUAGGAGUACACAAAGUCAACAAAAGUCUAGUUAUGGAUAAGAUGGUGUUUCUCCCUUCUGAUCCAAUUGGUUUAGCAGACUGUUUGAUCUUAUGUCACCGCCAUAACUUGCUUCUUCCGAGAGAUGCGAAAGACGAAAAGUCCGUCCAUAGCAUCACUGAGCUAUCAUACUUGGCUUCACCCGACAACGAACUACCCAUAUUGCUCGAGGGAAAAGACGCCGUGGCUCAGAAAAUUGUUUCUUCGGGCGAGAUAUCGAAAUCCGUUUCCAAUAACUACUUCAGCAAGAAUUCGCAGGCAUUCUUCAUAAAUGACUACUUAGACAGUUUGGUCGACUUGUGGAUAUUCAUCUUACUUGUCGACAUACCGCAAAGUCACAACCCCUGCUCCACGUAUUCCAGCCUAUUUUAUCAGGAUGACCAAGUGAAGCAGUCCGACUCGCUACUUUAUCUUACUACUCUCAAAUUGAUAGGCGAGAUGGCUAACUGGAACUUCUUCAAAAAGAGAUAUUCAUAUCUCUUCCAGCAAGAAAAGUCGAUUUAUUCAACAAUUUCACGCAUAAACAAAAGCAAUUUUCUCAAAGCCUUUGCAGUGUGCAAUGAAACAGCGUUUGAGAAAGUUUACUUUGAAAAGCUAAUGGACUUUGAGAGGUUCCUUUUAAUGGUGAUGAAAUAUCUCGAACAAGAGCAAGAAAGCGAAGAAAAGACCAUUAUUGAAAUAAAAUUAGCGUCCUUCUGCUUCGUCUUUUCUCUGUUAAAGUGUCAAAAUACACACAUUGAACGCUUAAUGAAAAAAUACCCCGAAGUGAUAGAGUUCAGUGAAAGAAUAAUUUCCCGAUACUAA